CCAACAUUUCCGGUGAGCUCUCCACGUCGGGAGCUGGUCACAUUUCACAACCAAAUCAGCACCGCCUCGAAUAAGACGCGCGUUGAGGAUCGAGACGAGUCGAAGAGGGCUAGGCAGGAAAUUCUUGGAUUAUUAAAAGAGCCUUCAAGCGCUCCUCGAACAACAACACUAACGAGUUCUCCCUUCCAAAUAAUAUUCUUGUCUUUUGGAUCGCGACACAACUUUAAACAUGUCGCCUAAGUCAAAGCAACCUCAGCCAGCGCAUAGCUCGCAUGGCUAUGAGUUUGGCGGACCAUUUGGUACCGCUGCCAUUACCUUCGGCCUCCCCGUUCUCUGCUAUGUUUUCGCCUUUGGAUGUAACGAUAUUUCUGGUUGUCCCGCACCGUCGCUUUUAAGUCCAAAGACUUUAUCCAUCGAGCAAUUGAAGGCUGAGGUGGGAUGGCCUGAGAACGGUAUCUUAGGUCUGGCUAGCUGGAAAGCUACCGGCUGGACUUUAGCAUACUACUUCUUCAGCGCUCUUCUAUAUCGCAUUCUCCCUGCUACCGAAGUUGAGGGUACGGAAUUGUCGUCCGGAGGAAGGCUGAAGUAUAGGUUCAACUCUUUCUCCUCGCACAUGUUUACCCUCUCUCUCUGCCUUGCUGGUACUAUUGCGCAGGGGGCCGAGUUUCCCGUAUGGACCUUCAUUGCCGACAACUACGUACAGAUUCUGACCGCCAACAUCCUCAUUGCUUACUCACUUGCAACGUUUGUCUACGUCCGUAGCUUUUCUGUGAAGCCAGGUAACCCUCAGCUUCGACAGCUAGCCGAGGGCGGCUGCUCUGGUAACCUGAUAUACGAUUUCUAUAUAGGACGGGAGCUCAACCCUCGUGUUACCCUUCCAAUCAUCGGCGAGAUUGAUAUCAAGGAGUGGAUGGAGCUACGCCCCGGCAUGCUUGGCUGGAUCAUUUUAAACUGUGCUUUCAUCUCCAAGCAGUACCGCACCUUCGGCUACGUGACUGACAGCAUUGUCUUCAUCGCUAUCGUACAGACCGUCUACUGUUUGGAUGCUGUGUAUAUGGAACCCGCUAUUCUUACGACCAUUGAUAUUAUCAACGACGGUUUCGGCUUCAUGUUGUCCUUCGGAGAUCUCGUCUGGGUCCCCUUCAUAUAUAGCCAGCAAACACGAUACCUAUCUACGCACCCAGUGACCCUUGGUUGGCUAGGUACUACAGGGGUUUCCAUUCUCCUAAUUGCGGGCUUCGGUAUCUUCCGGUUAAGCAACCUCCAAAAGAACAUCUUCCGCACUAACCCUAGCGACCCGCGUGUUGCGCAUAUCAAGUACAUCGAGACCAAGACGGGUUCGCGACUGAUGACAUCAGGCUGGUGGGGUGUCGCAAGACACAUCAAUUAUUUCGGUGACUGGCUGCAGUCGUGGCCGUAUGCUUUGCCCACUGGUUUUGCCGGAUACGUCGUCCUGUCAGCUGGCAGCAAUGUUGAAGGCGCUAUCAAGACACUCGACGGAAGGGAAAUAGUACAAGGCCCAGCCAAGUACUGGGGUAUGCUUUUCACUUACUUCUACGUUGUUUACUUUGCCGUCCUUCUAGUUCAUCGCGACGGCCGAGACGACGAGAAGUGUGCGAAGAAGUACGGAGAGGACUGGGAGAAGUACAAGAGCAUUGUGAAGUACAAGAUUGUGCCAGGUAUCUACUAGGUCUAUCUAAGUAUGUUAAAGGAGGUGAGGAUGUACAUACAGGUAGGUAGAUAGUCCAGAUACGGUGGCAGGGUUACGGAACCUAAGGGGUAGUUGAAAAUGAAAAAAAAGGGGAGUAAUAGGGGGAAAUAUGCAAUGUAUAUUGUUCUCUCAGCUUAAGUCCUGCCGUCCUUAGGUAGUUGCCUACCCAGGUACAUCAUGUAAGUGAUGUUGGAAUAAAUUAUUGGAAUAAAUUAUAUUAGGUACCCGAAACCGCAAUGAAAUACCUACACGUAAUGGAUAUCCGGGCACUGGGUACUUACAUGUAUGUAUCUCCCCAUGGCCCAAGUUGUGGAUCACUUCAUGUUAUGUAGGAAA